GUGGCAUCAUGCUGUUGCGCUCUUGCAAGACGCGUCCAAGAUGAGCUUUCGUCGAGAUGUUCCGUUCCUAUCGGCAGCAGUCAGUGCCUGCGAGAAGGGUGAGCAGUGGCCGCUGACCCUACAGCUUCUUGAUGCCCUUGAGGCGCAGAUGCUGGUCCCCGACAUCGUGGUGAUCGGCGCUUGUCAGAAUCGGUUCCAGUGGACCUCAUCCAUCCACUUGUUGGAGGCGCUCCCUGCCCGGUCACUCAAGCCGAGCAUGGUUGCUCUCAACGCAGCCAUCAGCGCCUGCGCCACCCGCUGGCGCUGGGCAAUUGAGGUCCUCGUGUCCCUGAUCCAGCAACACCAGCCCGACCUACACACCUUCGUGGCAACCAUGGAUGCCUGUGACCGAGGAGGACAGUGGGAGCUGGCCCUGGACCUCCUGCACCGCAUGAUAUCCUCGCGCCUGGAGCUGAAUGCUUUCCCCUUCAACGGGGUAUCUUCGGCCCUCCGUGUCUCUGGCCGUUGGGAGCUUGCCUUGGCGGUCAUCUCCACAAUGAUGAGGCAGUCGGUUGAAGCAACCCAUGUUCAGCACGAUGCCGUGCAGCUUCUUGCCUACCGCAUUGACUUCAAAGGGGCUGCAAGUUUCAGCAUUGCCAUCGUGGGCAUGCAGCGUCUGGAUUUUUGCAUCCGGGACCGGCCUUUGUACGAGAUGGCGCACGUGUCCCUGGCAAAGUGGAGCCAGAUGGAGGCUGUCGAGUUCGGCUUGCAGCGCGGCGGCCGAGUCCUUCUCGGUGACGAGAUGGGUCUUGGUAAGACGCUACAGGCCUUGCUGCUGGCAGCCCAGUACGAGGCCGAAUGGCCUUUGCUCGUGGUGGCCCCGUCCUCUCUGCGGUUCGUUUGGCGCGAACAGGCUGCACAGUGGCUUCCUCACAUGGUGGGGGCCGAGGGCGGCCAAGUUCAAGUGAUCAGGACCGGCAAGGACAGGGUCGACAAGUGCGCGCGUGUGGUGGUCGCAACAUACGACCUUUUGCGUCGGUGCGAAUCAUUGCGACGACGUGCUGAUGGCCGCGACUACCUGACCGUUAUCGUUGAUGAGUCCCAGAGCAUCAAGGAGGCUACAAGCCAGCGGACAAAGGUGGUGGUUGGCAUUUGCAAGGCGGCUCGCCGCGUUCUGCUGCUGAGUGGGACACCGACUGUAAAUCGAGCCGCGGAGCUCUAUACGCAGCUUGAGGCCUUGCUGCCUGCGGAGAUGCCCAGCUUUGCGCAGUUUGCCGAGCGAUUCUGCUAUAAGCAGAUGCAGUGCUUCAAUGGUCGCAGAACAGUCAAGUGGAACGGAGUCCAGCGUCCAGAAGAACUGUAUUGUCUCUUGGGCACCGUGAUGAUCAGGCGCCUGAAGAAAGACGUCUUACAGCAGCUUCCAGAGAAGCGCCGAAUGCGCAUACCUUUGGAUCCUGAAAAGAUGAACCAGGACAUCCUUCGCGAGGUGGAGAGGCGAUGCCGCCAGAUGGGACCCGUUGACUUCAACUCUGGCAAGGCUUUGGGUGACUCUGCGCAGCUCUUCCGCCUCACUGCAGAGGCCAAGUUGGCCUCGGUUCUUGACUACGUUGAGCACUUGCUCAGUUUGGGGACGAAGUUCCUCAUCUUCGGUCAUCACCAUCUGGUCCUGGAUGCGGUUGAACAGAAGCUGCAGCGGGCCCACUAUGGACACAUCAGAAUUGAUGGCCGCACGACCGCGUCGGAGCGACCAAGCCUCGUCACAAAAUUUCAAGAGGAGGAGUCCGUCCGAGUUGCCGUGCUGAGCAUCACCGCCGCAGGAACCGGGCUCACGCUCACGGCUGCGCAGACAGUGGUCUUUGCAGAGCUUUACUGGGUGCCUGGCCAGAUGCAGCAAGCUGAGGACCGAGCACAUCGUAUCGGGCAGCGGGACUGUGUUUCCGUGCAUUACCUCAUUGCCAAAGGAACGCUGGAUGAAGUGCUGUAUCGCACGCUGGAGAAGAAGACCAUCAGCACUACCAGCAUUCUAAAUGGCCAGGGUUGUGGUCUGGAAGUCCUGCAGCAUUCACUGGAGUGCGAUGCUAGCCUGAAGCGCAAAUCUCCUGGGAGUCUGCAUGCAGAAGCCGAAAAGCGUCAGCGCUGCGAUGCAUGA